AUGCCCGUCUCUGAUCAUAAAUACAUCACAAGGCGUCGCCACUCUACGCAGAGCAUAGAACCGAUCCAAAGGCUUGUAGUCACUGCCAGCAUGACGGACCACAGCAGCUUUGCCAAGUACCCCAGCCUCCGCGGCCGCGUCGUCGUGAUCACGGGCGGCAGCAUGGGCAUCGGCGCCUCCAUGGUCGAGCACUUUUCCCUGCAGGGCGCACAGGUCAUCUUUCUCGACAUUGACGACGACUCCGCCGCCGCGACCCUCGCCCGCGUGUCGGGCCUCGACGGCGUCGCGCACGCGCCCAUCUACCACCACUGCGACGUCUCGGACAUUUCCGGCGCGCUGCAGCCCACCGCGGCCAAGAUACUGGCCGAUUUUCCGCGCGUCGACUGCCUCGUCAACAGCGCGGCGGCGGGGAUGCGGAGGCCGACGCGGGAGAUUACGCCCGAGUUCUGGGCCAAGGCCGUCGACGUCAACCUCAGCCACCAGUUCUUCCUCACGCAGGCGCUGCUGCCGGGCUUGCUGCAGGCGGCGGGCACGGCGGCAGUGGUCAACAUGGGGAGCAUCUCGUGGGCGAUCCCGGCGACGGGCCUGGCGCCGUACACGACGAUGAAGGCGGCGGUCGUGGGGCUGACGCGGACUCUGGCGCACGAGCUCGGGCCCCAGGGCAUUCGAGUGAAUAGUAUCAUGCCGGGCUCGAUUGCGACGGAGAGGGAGCUGAGGGAUGUCAUGACGCCGGAGUAUGAGCGGCUGGUGCUGGGGAGCCAGGCGAUUAAGCGGCUGCUGGUGCCGGCGGAGAUUGCGAGGACGGCCAUGUGGCUGUGCGCGGACGACAGCUCGGGGAUGACGAACCAGAGUAUUCGUGUGGAUGGAGGCUGGACGUGA